GUUCCAGAUGUACCAGACAGUCACUGUUACAACUCCAAAACGUGUUCCUUUCUCUCAUUCAUUCUUUCUCUGUCUCUUCAAUUUCCCCCUUCAACACAGAAACGGUCACAUUUCCAACAUCCCAAUAACUCCACCAUCUUUCAUCUUCUUCUUCUUUUUCAUCUUCUUCACACACUCUUAAAUUCCACACAUUAACCCAAAUCCAAACCCAACCCAUUUCACUUUCUUCAUCUCCUUCACUUUCCAACCACUCUCCCACAAUGUCCACAUCAAAAAGCCUUGUUCUUUCGCUCCUCCUCCUUCUGGGAUUCUCGCCGCUCAUCGCCGCCGCCAAUGGCAGCGCUCCGCCGCAGGAGCUCUGGUGUGUGGCGAAGAACAACGCGGACGACGCGUCGCUGCAGGCCGCGCUCGACUGGGCCUGCGGUGCCGGCGGCGCGGACUGCGGACCAAUCCAGAGUGGUGGGCCCUGCUACGACCCCAGCAGCGUGCAGAAUACGGCAUCGUUUGCCUUCAACGACUACUUUCUCAAACACGGCAUGACCGACGAUAGCUGCAACUUCAACAACAACGCUGCCGUCACUUCCCUCAACCCUAGUUUUGGCAACUGCAAGUUCCACUCCGGCAUGGUAGGGAGCAAUGGGAGUUUUGCUGGGUCGACACCUUCGUCUUCUGUUGGAUUGGGACCAAGUGAAGAUUUGAGUGGGUGCAGGAAAGUUUCCUGGGGGUGGUGGUUAUGGUCUUUGAUGUUUAUGGUUUCUGUUUUUGGAUCAUAGGAGGUGGAAACUGAAAAUAGCCCUUGAUUUGAUAGGGAAUUGCAAAAGAGAAAGUUUUGCUUGUUCGCAUUGCACAGGUUAGACAUCGUAGGAUAUAUAUCAAAUUUUGUUUUAUGGCAACCUAGAUCACAAUGAAUGUAUCUGUUUUGCUGA